CGGCAUCGAUUGCCUCCAAAUGCAUAAAGAAAAACGCGCCGUCGUCUGGAAAUGUAGAUCAGCCUAUGGUGCAGGCGCUGUGUGAGGAGGAUGACGCACAUCAGCGGCGGAGAUGAUCAGCACCGCUGGCUCUGAGGAUGACAGCCACGCUGCGAAAAAAAACAACAACACUCGGACCGGAGGGCUGUCGCUGGUCUGCGGCUGAACCGAGAAAUAGCGAGUAAGAUGAGAUGCCCGGUCGUUUAGCGGCGGGGAUCGCUGCUUCUCAUUCCUUCUGAGGCAGACGGGGGGUGCGCGUCGUCACAAGCUGCCGUCCGGGACAUGGACUCAGGGACUGCGGGAACCGGAGGUGAUGGCAGCCCGACGGAGGCAGGGGCUGCCAGAUCCAGUCUGCAACUUGAUUUCGGGGACACCGAUUCAACCCAGAGGGCUCAAAUAACAGAGAUGCCAUCCUUGUUUGGAACAGAACCUUCUCGGGAGAAGAAGAUCGGCCAUAGGAGAGUAGAUGCCCAUGGAGAGACAACGUACAAAAAAACCACCUCAUCGGCCUUGAAAGGAGCCAUCCAGCUGGGAAUCGGAUAUACUGUUGGCAACCUCAGCUCCAAGCCUGAGAGAGAUGUCCUCAUGCAGGAUUUCUAUGUGGUGGAAAGCAUCUUCUUUCCCAGUGAAGGCAGCAACCUCACUCCGGCCCAUCACUACCCAGACUUCAGGUUCAAAACCUAUGCUCCCGUGGCCUUUCGCUACUUCAGGGAGCUGUUUGGGAUCCGGCCAGACGACUACCUGUACUCGCUGUGUAAUGAACCACUGAUUGAGCUGAGCAAUCCGGGAGCGAGCGGCUCCAUUUUUUAUGUGACCAGUGACGACGAGUUUAUCAUCAAAACAGUGCUGCACAAAGAGGCGGAAUUUCUGCAAAAAUUGCUUCCUGGAUAUUAUAUGAACCUGAACCAGAACCCCCGCACUUUGCUGCCAAAGUUCUUCGGCCUCUACUGCGUCCAGUGUGGCGGCAAGAACAUCCGAAUGAUUGUGAUGAACAAUAUACUGCCACGCUCGGUUCGCAUGCACCUCAAGUUUGACCUGAAGGGCUCGACGUACAAGAGGCAAGCAUCCAAGAAGGAGAGAGAGAAGUCCAAGCCCACGUUUAAAGACCUGGACUUUCUGAGUGACGUCCCUGAGGGCCUCACUUUGGAUCAGGAAACGUACAACGCUCUGGUCAAAACGCUGCAGAGAGACUGCCUGGUUCUGGAGAGUUUUAAGAUUAUGGAUUACAGUUUGCUGCUUGGCGUCCACAACAAAAGCCUAGCAGAGAAAGAACACCAGUCCCAGAGCUCACCAGCAGGAGGCGGCGAUGAGAAGAAGCCCACAGGACAGAGGGCCCUGUAUUCCACUGCAAUAGAGUCCAUACAGGGGGGGUCCACAUGCAGGGACACGCUGGAGCAGGAUGACACUAUGGGAGGUAUCCCAGCAGUGGGAAGUAAGGGAGAGCGCCUCCUGCUGUUCAUUGGGAUUAUUGACAUUCUACAGUCCUACAGAAUGAUUAAAAAACUGGAGCACUCUUGGAAGUCUCUCAUCCACGAUGGAGACACAGUGUCGGUCCACAGGCCUAGUUUCUAUGCAGAGAGGUUCUUCAGGUUCUGCAGCACAGUUGUCUUCAGGAAAAGCUGCUCGUUACGGCCAUCUCCAUCUAAAAGAGGCCGAGGGGCUCUCUCUGCAUCCAAGUACAGUGCUGGAGCUGGAGCAGCUGGGCAGCGCCCGUCACUGACCGAUGAAAGGCAGGAAAACCUAGAGAACUUGGAGAACCUCAGAGGAGGCCGCAGCUUUUCUAUACUGGAAGAGAAUGGUAAAGAGCCUCCCUGCACUCCACCAUCCUUUGAAGAUGCGACGACGGCGUCUAUUGCAACCACUCUGUCAUCUAACAACUCUUUACCAACAACCCCAUUCGAUACUCCAGAACACCCACGCUGCAGAAGACAAACCCAUUCACCAAACGUAGUCAGAUCCCAAAAAGAGCCGAUGGAGGUUCACGGCGAACGUCAGGACACUAUAACUGUGGAAGUGGAGUUGAGCAAGAUCCCAGAUAGCACGGAGCUCACACAGAGGACAGAAAUCACGUCUUCCAGCCAACAGUCACUCAGUCACCAGACUCGUAAAGUGGCUUCAUCCACCCCCAAUUCGACGUGUUCAUCCUCUGCACAUUCCUCCGCUACCCUCCCUCCUUCCUUUGCGUCAUCCUCCUCCUCUGCUCAAUGUGUUGCCCAGUCCUCUGCCACACUCACCUCCUCCAUCCGUCCAUCCACCAAACCCCUCACCUCUCCGGGGGCUGCUCAGUCUCUCUCCUCUCUAGUCUCUGGUUCAGCUGCAAAACCUGUUCAGCUCACCGGUCUGUCUCCGAACGCCUCCGCCCUCACUCCCGCCUCCGCGUUCACUCCCAUUCACCCCGCAUCCGCCGGCCCCUCUCAGCAUCUUCCAUCAACACCUCCCUCCUCUGCCCCUUCAAGCCCCCAGUUGCCUCAGGAAGCGCCGCGCACGGCGCAAAAGCAGCUUUCGGUGUCCAGCUGCCACAGCUCGUUGGACGGGGAGGUGCAGGUGUCCGACAUUUACUUUUACGCAGAUGGAAGAUACUGGGUGUACUCUCCAGUUCUUGGCCGUCGUAAGCUUAACUCUAGUUCAAGUUACAACACUCAGGAGGACCAGAGCUGUGUUUUCUCUCCUUUUCACUGCAGCUCAGAGUCCAGAAGAGGCUCAGAUGUGGAAAGUGAAACAUAAUUUCCGUCGAAGACAGCAACAGUGGGUGGGGCCAGAGGCUUUCUCCGCGCGCACACACAAAAGCUGGGAGGAUUUAAUGAUAAAGGCAGCAGGACACUGAUGAUUUACUGCGGGCUGCUGAAGCUGCAUGUAGGAGUCUGCUUUGCUGUACAGUAGAUCUUGUUAUCAGGCAUUCGGCUGAAAGAGUGCAGCUCUGCAUUAUGCAUGCAAACCAAUGCAGAGACAGAUUUACUACUAAUAUGAUGGUAGACUAUAUGUAGCCGCGAUCUGGACAGUUCGCCGAUACUGAAGUGGAGAAUCAUGAAUCCUGACAAUCAGCUUAGUGGCAGUGGAUGAUUUUGGUGUUUGUGAUGAAGCGUCGUCUUAUGACAUGGUAAUCAUGUUCAAGGUUCAAACACAGAUUUAACACCAACCACAUGCCGUACAUAUAGUAUCAAUGAAUUUCAACCGGAAUCAGAUCUUUCUAAAAAUGCAAAAAAAAAAAAAAAAAAAAA